CCCGGAAAGGAGUUCCCAUUCAAGAUAAGACUCGUCAAACAUAACCUAGAUUUCCUCCUGACCACCUCGAGCGUGAAAUAUCGUCUUUCUUGGUUUUGCUACCAGAAAUUUAAUCCGCACCUUGCGAUGACACUCUCGCGAUUCACUUUUUACUGGAUUAAUCUUUACUACGUGUGUAUUCUAUUGUUUCUAUUUUCCUGUUGUCUCGACUCUUGCUUGUCAAACUAUCAAUUUUUCAGAGUAGUCGGGUCUAUUAAUGAUGCACUAUCCGCAUCUUGCGACGACGCACUCGCGAUUCAUUUUAUAGUACUGGAAUAACUUUUGCUAUGCGUGUAUUCUAAUGUCCGUAUUUACAUUUCCUCUCGUCGUAUUUCUUGCCUGAGAAACUAUCAGCUUUUGAGGGUCGACGGGUUUUUAAUUAUGUACUGGAUCGAAAGGUUAUCAGGUAGAUCUCAAAGUUAAUCCUUAACUAAGAAUAGGGCUAGGGAAUAGCGUCGAUAGUUUCUAAGCGUCUUAUAAUGGUCUUUGAUUUUGUUGCAUGAUCGACCUGUUUCUGGCAUUCUAAUUGCAGCGUUGGUCACGUUGGCCUUUGCUGGCUCGAUCGGCAUGACGUUCGUCAUCCUGGGCUGCGCUCUGCCUGCGUACCAGGUGUGGUGGCCAUUCUUCGUGGUUCUCUUUUACAUACUUGCCCCGAUCCCCACGAUACUGGCGAGACGUUACACCGAGGACCCAGCCAACGGCAGUAAUCCCUGCCUGGAAUUGGCCAUCUUCUUCACAAUGGGUUUUGUGAUAUCCUCGUUUGCUUUACCAAUUGUAUUAGCCCGCUCACCCGUGAACAAUCCAGUGAUACAGUGGGGAGCCUGUUAUUUGACUUUGGCAGGUAACGUCGUGGUUUACCUUACGCUGGUUGGAUUCUUCAUGACGUUCGACCAGGACGAUGCCGAGUAUAACCCAUGGUGAUAAGUGUGCACGUCGAUUAUAAUCUGCGGUGACUGCGCAGGCUUACACUGCUCUGUUAAGAUGUCGGGGAAAAAGCGCCUGGAUGUAACUGCGAUCUCUUUAAGUAAUAUCGAUAGUGACUUGGAAGUAAUCGAGUGUUAAAAGUGACUGCAUCGCAGAGAGACCGCAGGAGGCGUUUGCCCCUCGCGAGUGACGUUUCCCUGGUUUUUCUACGCUGUGCUUGUCAGGAAGGUCCCGAGGACACGAGCUGUCACUUUCCUGGACCAAUCGCUUAGGCUUAAGCCUCGGUAUCUCUCACGUUGCACCUAGUCUCGCUUUCCCUGUCACCUCGUCAUCCAUGCAAGAAGAUUUCCUGACGAUUAGUCGACUCAUUCCGAAACGAAUUAAACCCGAUAAAGGGCUGCCACCCUUCGGUCUCUCUGCGGUGACUUAAGUGACGAGCCCUUCGGUUCUUUUGUAAGGUUCUCCGACACCUUUUGUAAAAUCCAGCCACGUCGAGGCUCAAAAGUGCGCGUCGCAGGACGCAUUCGACCCAUUUUUAACAAUAAAGGAUGUCCACCGAUA